UUCUUCUGGUGUCUCCUAGUAGAAGAAUGAAUCCAUAAACUCGCAUGAAUGCCCGUCGUCAAUCUCUCCGAUCAUCAAUCUCGGCUUUUUCUACCGAGAAAAUUCUGAUUGUACUUGGAAACAGUGCCUCGUUCCGGCGUCUAAGAGCAUUGAUGUUCAUAUUAUGCCGUGAACCAGGUGUAAUUUGACUUUGGUUUUUCCACUGGUCGAUUGGAUCAUCGCGAAUUUGUAAAUAAUCGCGAUUUUGUUGAAAUGUCCUGGGGAUUGGGAUGGAAGCGGCUAUCUGAGAUUUUUCAUUUGUCACUAAAUUAUGGUUCGGAAGAGAAUGCGGAAAAUCCCGAGCGAAUUUCCUCGUCGUCAUCGUGUUCUUCUUCUUCUUCUUCGUCUUCUUCUUCGUCGCCGUCGUCCAUUUCGACGCAGGUUCAGGACCUUGGAUAUCGGGUUAAUUUGGAUUGGUCGGCUGGGGAUGACGAAGAUCAGGUGGCUUUGAGGCUCCAGUCUCAGCUCAUGGUUGCCUUGCCGGUGCCGCAGGACACGGUGCUGGUGGAAUUGAAGUAUAAUGAAGAAGAAGAGAAUGUGGAUGUGGAUAUGACGGUUUUGAAGAGGAGGGAGCCUCUUAGAGCCGUGACGAUGACGAAGUCAGCGGGAUCCGGGCUGCAGAAUGAUGGGAUUGGCGUUCUGGCGCGGUUGUUGAGGUCGAAUUUGGAACCGACGAAGCCAGGCUCCGGCGACGUGGGGACUGGUUGCGGCGAGCACUGGAAAACCGUUACCCUACUCAAUCUUUGUGGUUGUGGUUUGUCGGUACUGCCAGCAGAUUUAACUCGAUUGCCACUCCUGGAGAAAUUGUACCUUGAUAACAAUAAACUAUCAGUUUUGCCUCCUGAGCUCGGUGAGAUCAAAAGUUUGAAGGUGCUCCGGGUUGAUUCCAACUUUCUGAUUUCUGUACCUGUAGAAUUAAGGCAGUGCGUCGGGCUGGUGGAGUUAUCAUUGGAACACAACAAACUUGUUAGACCUCUUCUGGACUUCAGGGCUAUGGCUGAGUUACGUGUUCUUAGAUUAUUUGGUAAUCCUCUAGAAUUUCUUCCUGAAAUCUUGCCAUUGCACAAUCUACGCCAUCUCUCUCUUGCAAAUAUCAGAAUUGUGGCAGAUGAAAAUUUGAGAUCUGUGGAUGUUCAAAUAGAGAUGGAAAAUAACUCUUAUUUUGGUGCAUCCAGACAUAAGCUCAGUGCCUUCUUCUCUCUUAUUUUCCGUUUUUCUUCCUGCCACCAUCCUUUACUGGCAUCUGCCCUGGCAAAAAUAAUGCAAGAUGAAGGAAAUCGUGCAGUUAUCAGUAAAGAUGAGAAUGCAAUACGUCAGCUUAUAAGUAUGAUAAGCAGUGAUAACCGUCAUGUGGUUGUACAAGCAUGCUUUGCUCUUUCUUCUCUUGCUGCAGAUGUUUCUAUUGCAAUGCAGUUGAUGAAAGCAGACAUAAUGCAGCCCAUUAAAUCUGUUCUAAAAUGUGUUUCACAAGAUGAAGUAAUUUCUGUAUUGCAAGUUGUGGCUAAGUUGGCUUUCACAUCUGAUACUGUAUCUCAGAAAAUGUUGACCAAGGAUCUUUUGAAAUCAUUGAAAUUGUUAUGUGCCCAGAAAAAUCCAGAGGUGCAAAGAUCUGCUUUAUUAACAGUUGGAAACUUGGCAUUUUGUUUAGACAAUCGUCGUAUUCUAGUUACUUCUGAACAGUUACGGGAACUACUCUUACGAUUGACAGCUGCACCGAACCCGCGUGUGUAUAAAGCUGCAGCUCGGGCUCUAGCAAUCCUUGGGGAGAAUGAAAAUUUACGACGUGCCUUAAAAGGGAGACAAGUAGCAAAGCAAGGAUUGAGAAUACUUUCAAUGGAUGGUGGUGGCAUGAAAGGUUUGGCAACAGUUCAAAUACUUAAAGAAAUCGAGAAAGGAACUGGAAAGCGGAUACAUGAAAUGUUUGAUCUUAUAUGUGGUACGUCAACUGGAGGCAUGCUAGCUGUUGCCCUUGGUAUUAAGCUGAUGACUUUGGAUCAAUGUGAAGAAAUAUAUAAAAGUCUUGGGAAGCUCGUCUUUGCGGAGCCUACACCAAAGGACAGUGAAGCUGCUUCCUGGAGAGAAAAGUUGGAUCAGCUUUACAAAAGUUCUUCACAAAGUUUUAGAGUUGUCGUCCAUGGAUCUAAGCAUAGUGCUGAUCAGUUUGAGAGGCUAUUGAAGGAAAUGUGUGCAGACGAGGAUGGAGACCUAUUAAUAGAAUCUGCAGUUAGAAACCCCCCCAAAGUAUUUGUUGUAUCAACCUUGGUGAGCAUGGUACCAGCUCAGCCUUUCUUAUUCCGCAGUUAUCAGUAUCCUGUUGGAACACCAGAGGUACCUCUUGCAAUUUCAGACAGUUCAGGAAUUACCGUGUUUGGAUCACCUUCUGCCGGUGUCCAAGCUGGGGGCUAUAAGCGUAGUGCUUUUAUUGGAAGUUGCAAGCACCAAGUAUGGAAAGCUAUAAGAGCAUCGUCUGCUGCUCCUUAUUAUCUUGAUGAUUUUUCGGAUGAUGUAAAUCGCUGGCAAGAUGGAGCCAUAGUGGCAAACAAUCCUACAAUCUUUGCUAUAAGAGAAGCACAACUUUUAUGGCCUGACACUAAAAUUGACUGCUUAGUUUCCAUUGGCUGUGGCUCUACUCCAAUGAAGGUGAGGAAAGGUGGAUGGCGUUAUUUGGACACUGGUCAAGUGCUUAUCGAGAGUGCAUGCUCUGUGGACCGAGUGGAGGAAGCUUUGAGUACAUUGUUACCUAUGCUGCCUGAAAUACAUUAUUUCCGGUUUAACCCAGUGGAUGAACGUUGUGAUAUGGAACUGGACGAGACUGAUCCAGCAGUCUGGCUGAAGUUAGAAGCUGCAGUUGAGGAGUAUAUCCAAAGUAAUAAUCUGGCAUUUAAGAAUGCCUGUGAGAGAUUAAUCCUGCCUUAUCAACAUGAUGAAAAGUGGUCAGAGAGCUUCAGUUCACUUCAUUUCUCCAGGGUGAAGGGACCAAUGACAGAUGAGAAUAGCCCUUCUUUGGGAUGGAGGCGUAAUGUACUACUGGUUGAAGCUUCUCAUAGUCCUGAUGCAGGAAGAGUUAUGCAUCAUGCUCGUGAACUUGAAGCAUUUUGUUCCAAAAAUGGAAUUCGGAUAUCCCUCAUGCAAGGAAUAUCAGGGAUUUUGAAGGCUGCGCCUUCAACAACAUUCCCAACACCUUUUACGUCACCAUUGUUUACUGGAAGCUUUCCAUCAAGCCCACUUUUAUAUAGUCCUGAUGUUGGGUCACAAAGGCUUGGUCGAAUUGAUAUGGUUCCACCUUUAAGCUUAGAUGGUCAAUUGGGUAAAGGAGCAGCAUCAUCCCCAGAAUCUCCUUCAGGACCCCGAGAACUCUCCUUACCUGUACGGGCAUUGCAUGAGAAGUUACAAAACUCACCUCAAGUGGGCAUCGUACAUUUGGCCCUUCAAAAUGACUCAUCAGGCUCAAUAUUAAGUUGGCAAAAUGAUGUUUUUGUAGUUGCUGAACCUGGAGAACUUGCAGAUAAAUUUCUACGAAGUGUAAAACUGAGUUUGUUGUCAGACAUGCAGAGUCAUCGUAGAAAGGGUGCAUCAUUGCUUGCCAAUGUCAUGAAUAUAUCUGACCUAGUGGCACUCAAACCCAACUUCCAAAUUGGAGGCAUCUUCCAUCGUUACAUAGGACGACAAACCCAAGUUAUGGAGGAUAACCAAGAAAUUGGGGCUUACUUGUUUCGCAGAACGGUUCCUUCUUUGCAUUUAUCACCUGAUGAUGUUCGUUGGAUGGUUGGUGCUUGGAGGGACAGGAUCAUUUUCUGCACAGGGACUUAUGGGCCGAUCCCAGCUUUAAUUAGAGCCUUUCUGGAUUCUGGGGCCAAAGCCGUCAUAUGUUCUUCAACCGAACCCCCCGAAAUGCCAUCGUCAACAUUCCAGUCAAUGGAUUUUGAUGCCAUGGAAAAUGGGAAGUUCGAGAUUGGUGAAGAUGAGGGAGAAGACGAUGACGCUGAGCCUUCCAGUCCCAUAAGUGACUGGGAAGACAGUGAUGCUGGAACUUAUUCUACGGAUAUCUGGGAUGAUGAUGAGGGGGGAAUUUCCCAAUUUGUUUGCCACUUGUAUGACUCGUUAUUCCGGGAGGGUGCAAGCGUAAAUGCUGCUUUACGCCAUGCUCUUGCUUCGCAUCGGAAGUUGAGGUAUACAUGCCAUCUCCCUGGUGCCCAAUAGGAUGUUGAUCAAUCUCACUCAUACUGAAAUAAAUAAAUGAGCUUUUUUUUUUUUUGAGUAAAAAUAAAUGAGCUUUAGAGUAUAGAGGGGCGAGAGAAGUAGUCGGCUAGUAGAUGGUUUUUUAUGGAGUAUAGAGAAUAUUUAAGAAAAUAAAAGGGAAGAUUCAAUUUUGAGGCUUUUAUUUUGUGUUCAUUAUAGCUAUCUUUUGAAUGCUAUAGAUAUAAGGCGCACUCAAAAGGUUUUCU